AUGUACGCAGAAAUUGUCGUCGUAGUCACGACUACAGCCUUGAUCGGCUACUUUAUCCUUUUCCCCAUCAUCACAUACUUCAGAGAUGCGAAGGGCUUGCGGAGAUAUCCCAACUUCCACCCUCUAGCCGGCAUCACCAACAUCCCCUUCAUGAUUGAAGCCCACCGUGGUUUCCGUUCCGACCUACUCUACAAAUUGCACAAGACGCACCCAGUCAUCCGAACCGGCCCCAACUCUCUAUCUUACGGCUCUCCAGAUGCUAUCAAGGAUAUCUAUGGUCAUGGUACUAAGUGCACCAAGGGCGAGUUUUACGAAACUCUAGCCGGCACCCACUUCCAUCUGGCUGAUGUCGUUGACAAGUUGGAUCAUCAGCGCAAGCGUCGAGCCCUCUCUGCUGCCUAUGCGCUGAAGAACCUCGAGAACUGGGAAUUCAAGGUGGCCGAUAAGACUGAGCGGUUUAUCAAAGCCGCCGACAAGGCUUGUACUGCUCCGCUGAAGAAAGGGUUCCGUCCCGAUGCCGCCGACCUCACCUUCGACUACCGAGCCUUUACAAACUUCUUCACUCUUGAUGCUAUCGCUGAUAUUGGCCUGAGCGAGCGUCUUGGUUUCCUUGACCAGGGCCAUGAUCGUGUCAAGGCUGAGCGCAUGGAUGGCUCUAUUCACUACGUGAACUAUCGUGAAGCCCUGCACUCUACUGCCCGCGCUCAGUCUAUCCUGGCCUGGUCCGAGAAGUGGUACAACUUUAGUGUUGAGGUCUCCAAGUGGGUCUCACCUGACUUCCGCAAGUGGUGGAGGCUCAAUGAGAAUUGGAACGACAUUGUAUAUCACCGUGCCACUCAGCGUCUCAAGCGUUAUGAGGCUGGCGAGCGUCUGCCCGAUUUCUUCCAGGCCAUCAUGGACCACAACGACGCCAACGAUUCAGGUAUCGAGUGGGGUGAAGUCGUUGCCGAGGUCUCUAUCAUGAUGAACGCUGGCUCAGACACUACCGCUAUUGCCAUGAAUAACGUCAUGUUCUGGCUUCUUAAGAAUCCCAAAUGCAUGGCCAAGCUCCGUGAGGAAGUUGACGCUGUUCUGGACGCUGACGAGGUGAUUGCACCCUACGACAAGGUGAAGCAUCUUCCCUACCUCCGCGCUUGUCUUGACGAGUCUCUCCGCAUCACCCCGCCUACUACCUUUGGUCUGCCUCGCCGAACUCCCCCCGAGGGCUGCAACAUUCUCGGUGAUUUCAUCCCCGCCGAUACGACGGUAUCUAUUUCCGCCUGGGUGUCUCACCGUGAUUCCAAAAUCUUCCCCGAGCCCGAAUCCUACAUCCCCGAGCGGUGGCUGGGAGAAAAGGGCAAGGACCUGCAGCCCUACUUCAUCAGCUUCAGCGCCGGCGCUAGAGGCUGCAUUGGCCGCAACAUCAGCUACCUUGAGCAAACUGUCUUGCUUGCCAGUGUUGUCCACAGAUACGAGCUUGCCCUGCCACACCCCGAUUGGGAGCCGAAGAGACAAGAGGCCAUGAACCUCGGGCCUGGACCUAUGCCUGUAAAGCUGUGGCGUCGGGACCUGGGCGUGUCCGAGUUCAGAGAGAAGGAGUAA